AUUCAAACUGACAAAAAAAGAAAAAGAGUGACACUAUCGAAUGAAAAGAAAGAAAAGUGUUUACUAAUGUACAAAUUUGUGCUUGCAAAUCCAUCAUUAUUCUGUAAUUUUUCAAGGUUCAUUAAUGUUUGAUCGAAAAAUCGAUAACUGGAGUGUAAGACUUGACGGUACAGAGUAAAUCAGAUUGGUGUUUUGGUCGUUUCAAGGCGAAACUCAGCGCGAUGGCAUCCAUAAACGACCUCCCGAAUGAAAUCUUGGAGUUUGUUUUUGGUUUAAUUCCGCCCUAUCAGGAUUUGGAGCAGUGCUCGGCCGUUUGCAAGCGAUGGGCAUCUCUUGCUAGGAACGUCCAAAUAAGAAAAAAAGCAGCACUUCAGAAGGGGCUAGUGGACUUCAAUCUCUGCUGGAGGCAGGAGAUUCCGAACACUCAAACGCCUAGUAUUGCGGCACGGUUCGCGCACGCCAGUUCAUUGCAUCGGAAUUCAAUGUACGUUUUCGGGGGAGCAUCGUCUUACGAUACGACUUUCAACGAUCUGUGGCAGUUUGAUUUGAGCCGUCGCGUUUGGAUCCGCCCUAUUUCAAUGGGAACGUAUCCUUCUCCGAAGGCCGGAGCCUCGUUGGUCUGCUAUGAAGGAUUUCUCGUACUGUUUGGCGGAUGGAGGCACUCGUACGCACCUUUUCAGUUGUGCACUCUUUUCGACGAGUUACAUGCCUACAAUAUUACAGAUAAUAGGUGGACUAUUUACAAUCUAGCUUUUGGACCGCCACCGAUGACUGGUCACUCGGCUACGGUACACCGCAACAAGAUGAUCGUGUUCGGUGGAUAUCAAAAGACGAUGGAAAACUUGGGAACUUCAAACGACAUUUGGGUGCUGGAUUUGGAUAAAUUUAUUUGGAAGAGACCAUCGGUUUCAGAUGUUAAACCACCUGCUCGUUAUGGUCAGUUCCAGAUGGCCGUUGGAGAGAAUCAUAUUUUAAUCCUCGGUGGAACUGGUGGUGUCAAUCGGAUAUUCAACGAUGCAUGGCUGCUGGAUAUGUCGAACGAUGUUUGGCGUUGGAAGAGCGUUCAAAUUCGCAACAAGAGAGGAACCGUGACACAUAAUUGGAGCUAUCCCGCCUGUAAUAUGGGAUCAAAAAUAGUUAUGCUUGGUCCAACAUCUCCCAAUGAUUUUCAAAUCGUACGACAACAUAGACCAGCUAAUCAAGGUUUGCAUCCACCUAAUUUAGGAAGACCUCGCCAAGCCAAUCCUGGCGAUAGACAUCGUGCAGUAGAGCCUAAUAUACCACCACGACAAAACCCAGUAAGACCCCAAUUGGCUCCACCACCGGCAGCUCCGAUGAUCCCAUCUAUCCCCGCGCAAAACUCCUCCGCACGUGAUCCCGAACCCAAACCUGGCCCAUCCAGACUGCCCUCACCAAAUAGCACCACAGCAACACCUGGACCCUCGUCUAGGGCUGUUCCUGCUAUACGAAGUCCUCUAUUCCGACACCACCAAGACGACGAUCGCUUGCUACCAAAACGCUUCAACGAAGCUCCUGCUGAGCAUGGCCAUAUGGCUAUGGCAGCCUUCAGCGUGCCUCCAACCAAUCCUCCACCGGUAAACGCUUCUCGAGAACGUCAACUCGAACGUCUCCGGAAAAUGGAGGAAAAAAUCCUAGCCAUGCGAAGAGAACAACGAGAACAGCAGGAGCAAGCCGCUGCAGUUGCUGCCGCGGCUGCUGCAGCAGCAGCGGUUGCUGCCCGACACGUUAUGUCGCCGUCCCCGGAAGGAGCUCCAGUGACGCCGAAACGCAUCAAGAGAAACGGCCUAGCGAUCUACGUUUGCGAUAUCUCGCAACUUUUAACCAGCGAUCCAUCGAUCGAGUGGCAGGAAUCAAAAAACAGUGGACUGAUUGCAGGGGCACCGGAUCAUUUCACUUUUUCGACUAUGGUCAGCGGAAACGGCGAACUGAUCGUGUUCGGUGGUUUGAACAAAAACCCAAAGUCGGAAAGCUCCAGUGUUACCAAUUCGAUUCACUUUCUAACGGUUCCAACGACGGUUGUAUAAACAGCUGUUUUGUAGCUGUUGCGCGCUUCGCUUCUCUUUUUUCGGUAUUUUGCGGCUAAAUUAUUUAGAUAUGAUAAACUAUUGUAUAAUAUGCACCGCUUUUAGCGACAUACGAAAUACGUUAAAUAAAAUCUUUUACUCUCUUCAUUGAUGUUCA